AUGGUAUUGAAGACGUUCAGUGUACUGGGAGUACCACCAAUCAAAACCGAGCCCUUAACUCCAGAGGCAUUUGCACCAUAUGGAGGGGUCAUCAGUGCAGACCAUCAAAUGGCUACAGUGAAAUCCUCUGCUGCUAAUUAUGGCACGGCUACUAAGGUUCAUAAGGUCUCGCCUAUAGUUAAUAAUUAUAAAGAGGCACCCAGUGGGACUCCAGCCAGUGCCAACUGGAAUAUCUUUAGAUGCAAGGCUCCAGUUCACUUAAUCACGAAGAGCAACUCCACCCAUCAGUAUACUGCUAAGGCAUUAGAAAGACAUCCAUAUUCUACCCAGACGUUUAUUCCUAUGGGCCAAGAGUUAUCUAAGAUAUCAUACAUUGUCAUUGUUGCAAAGUCUGAUCCCGCAACGCCUGAGCUGUUGCCUGAUCCUUCACUGGUGAAAGCCUUCGUUUGUAAGGGGAACCAAUCAAUUACAUAUGGCAUGGGGACAUGGCACGCACCGAUGGUUGUUGUGGAUGAGACCAUUCCACAUUUGGACUUCGCAGUAUUGAUCCACGAAAAUGGUGUCGCCGACGAAGAUUGUCAGGAAUGUUAUUUUGAACCUGGCUACCAGAUCGAGUAUAGCAUAGAUUCACCACUUAGUAAGCUCUAG